CUGGGCGGGAUGGUUGACUUUCCAUCCUGUUCCUCAGACUGUGGCAUCUGAUGCCCAGUUUCUCAUUGACAAGCCCCGAAACACAGCGCCAACCAAGUAUAUCCUUUAGACCAAUGUUUGGUGUUAACAUAGAGUUUUGAUAUAAAAUCUCAACUAUGUUUCUUUGAAUGUACAGACGCCUAAAACGUAGACCCGUUGUUCAGCUUGACACUGUACCUCCUGCCGAAGAGCAUUUCUUAAAGUAUUCACUCGAUUACAUCCAUUAUGUCCAAAUAUGUGUCUGAUUAUUGCAAGUAUGUAUUUCACAUAGGAGGAAAGAAUGGAGGGAGGAAGAGAGGGAGAGAAUCACUUUGAUAGGUGUGCUAAUUCAAAGAAAGGCAUUCCACCAAAUGGGAUUCCUUGGGUCUGGAACAGAGCCAGGCUCCCUUGCUCUUUGCCUGUGCGCACAGGUAUCCCUCACAGGCUAGAAAUAAAAACUGGCUAUUCUGCUACUAAUGUCUUCCUUCAGAGAGAUACUAGCUUCGUCCAAUGUUAAGAUUCGUGCACAUGAAUGGGGAGCCUGGUCCUCUGAACUCCUGUACGGUUCCUUUAAAUUAGCACCUGUGACGCCCGUGUCCUGAUUUUGCUGCUUUAUUUGCACAUCAGGGAUACUUCCCAGUCUGUAAAGAGCCAAUUGGUGGAAGCGCCCCUUGCCACUGCUUUCAGGAGAUAAUCUAUUUUCUUUAAGGGGUUGGGGGGAGAAUCCUUGCAUUUACCCUCUGUUUGUAGGUGUAGGUGCCACCAAUCAGCUGUUAGAAACUCCAGACAGUUCUUAAGCCGCCAAGGACAACAACAAUGAAUUGGAGAGGAAGGAAGUGGGUGGUGGCAAUGGCCAAAAAAAUUGAUCCGAAAAAUACACUGUAUAUGGUUAGUGGAAAGCACCUUUUACCAAGUGCAUUAAAAACAGUUUUGUUUCCUGUGGCCAAGUUUAUGUUUUGAUACUUUAAUAAUAAUAAUAAUAAUAAUAAUAAUAAAGGGGCGCCUGGGUGGCUCAGUCGUUAAGCGUCUGCCUUCGGCUCAGGUCAUGAUCCCAGGGUCCUGGGAUCGAGCCCCGCAUCGGGCUCCCUGCUCCGCGGGAAGCCUGCUUCUCCCUCUCCCACUCCCCCUGCUUGUGUUCCCUCUCUCGCUGUGUCUCUCUGUCAAAUAAAUAAAUAAAAUCUUUAAAAAAAUAAUAAUAAUAAUAAUAAAAAGGACGAAUAUCUAUUUACCAUCAAGUUGUUUAGUUCAUUUUGUUUCAUAUUCAAGGGAGAGGGAAGGUUGGCAGAGUCUGAGAGAAUAAAAUUGGAUGGGGCCUCCGCCAGAAUCAGACACCCAGUUGGCCAGUGUCUUUCCUCAGGCCUCCCGCUGGGUGGUGACAUCACACUGGCAGCUCUUGGAGAUCCCACCCUCUCUCCUGACCUCAUCCUUGUCCCCUUGCCUUUCCCUAACAUCUGGCCUGACACCUCUUUCAGAAUCAAGAGUUUUAAAGGUUCUGGCCCAGAGGAUUCUGGAAUUAAAACUUUCACUUUCUGCCAAGAGCUAAAAAGCUAUUUUCCAUCUUUAUCUUACUUUCUCCCCAUUGGCUUUGAAAAAACCCUUAAAACCCAAACCCAUAUUGAGCCUUUCCUUUCUUCCCGUCCCAUACUCUGGUUGUAUUCACCUUUCUCCGUGUUUUCAUGGAUCUGCCUGAGGUAGAGACUCAGAGGAGGCCAGUUUCGCCCAUUGAGCAUCCUUCUGUGUUCCCAUAGCGACUGUAACCCCCCAAGCUUCUCAGUUUGUCCUCUCAAAAACUGCUCUCGGGAAGGAAUUCACACUGACUUAAAAGGCCAGUUGAGGAUGAAUGCUAAUAAAUGCUACUAUUUAUUGAGUUAGACGAUAUGCUCAACACUUCACAUGCGUUAUCUCGUUGAAUCCUCAGAGCAAAUGUUAUCCCCACUUUACAGACGAGGAAAUGGAAAGCUGAGUCACACCGUUGACCUUUCUAAAGGGUUCCAAGCAGGAGUGUAUAUGUGCAUGUGUGCAUGAGAAAAAAAAAUACACACAACAUAAAAUCUACCAUUGUACCCAUUCUAGAGAGUGUAAAACUCAGUACAUUCACAAUGCUGUGUGACCAUCACCACUAUCUAGUUCCAGAAUUUUCAUUCCCCACAAAGUAAAUCCUGUACCUAUUAAGCAGUCACUCCCUACACUCCCCUCCGUCCAGCCCCAGGCAACCGCUAAUCUAAUACCUGUCUGUGGAUUUGCCUCUUCUGGAUAUUUCAUCUAAAUGGAAUCAUACAGUACGUGUCCUUCUGUGUCUUGCUUCUUUCACUUGGCAUCCUGUUUUCAGGAUUCAUCCUUGUUGUAGCAGGUAUCAGUACUUCAUUCCUUUUUAUGGCUGAAUAACAUUCCACUGUAUGGAUAGACCACAUUUUGUUUAUCCAUUCACCUGUUGUUGAACAGGUGUGUGUAUUGGAACAGAAAGAUAUCCUUUAUUUUCAAGGAAUGAAUCCCUAAUGUAGGAUUUCGGGCAUAACAUCAAACUGGGAGAUUAGAGAGUUGGGAGCAGGUGUCUUAGAACUUUCAAAUAACGAUUAGAAAUCACAUAUUCUGCGGCUAGCUCUGUGGGAGGGGUGAUAAGGCAGGAGGUAAAAUGGUACAUGCUUCCCAUGGGUGUCGAGGCUUCCAAACCAGUCCUGUUGCCCCAGGAGGAUGCUUGGUAGGCUCCUGGAAUUGAAGAUGACAUCUCUGCACCCCCCGCACUUCAUUUCACCGGGGAAGAAGGGAAGAAAACCAGGGGUCUUAAGAGAGAAUAACCAGGUUUCCACACACAGGUUGUUUGUAGAAGCAUAAGGGAGGGGAGGAGCGAAGAUGGCCCCCUGUACAAUUUAAUUCCCAAUUCAGCCCAGCCACCACCUGAAGUAGUUGUCUUGGAUUCUGUCCAUAACAUAUACACACAUAUGGAGGCACGCAACUUCCCCUAGUGCAUCAGAAAGGUCUUAAAUCAGUCUGGUUUAAAACCUGUGGUUGGCCCAAGCUUUCUUCGUGAAGCAAAGCACUGUGGUGGUUCCGAACAAAGGCUUUGGAAUCGGGUAGACCUGCAUGCAAAUACUGCCUCUACUACCAUCAGUUCUGUGAAGUUAGGCCAAUGAUACCGCCUCACUUUCUUCACCUGUAAAAUGGGGCAGUAGCAACAGUACCAAACUUGAUGGAUUCUCAUGGUCAUAUGUGGAGAACAUGGCAUGGUGCAUAGGGGAUGCGGUUUUUAAGGUUAUCAUUAAUGGCUGCAAGCAUCAAUGUCUACUGCGAUUUUAUGAAAGGGCAGGCGAAAGACCAAGACUGCCAAUUCUGGGUUCUUGGACAAAAUGAAACCAUGAGCUCAAAUGGUUCAAAUGUAUCCUAUCAUCUUACAUUCCUAUAGCUUUUGUCCAGUUGCUGAAUCUUUUGAAUUUGGGGGAGGGGGGGGGAAAAGUCCCCACACAAAAUUGUUCCAUUUGAAGAAAUUUUUAUUUUGAUACCUACCUGAGUCCCUGGCAGGGUGGGCCUGUCCUCUAUGUGGGCAAUGGGGCUUUUGGGGGGAGGAUGGUGGCCCUGCCCUGAGGGGGUGCCUGGGGGAUGAGAACAAAGGGGUAUGUGACAGUGACAGGUCACAAAGGGCAGCAGAGGAUAAAUAUGGCUGCGCAGGGGUUUAGGCUGAGAGAGUGGUCACUUCUCUCACCGUGACUGUAGUUCGCAGCCUCUUAGGAAGAUAAAAAAAAAUCAGAGCAGAGGGGAGGUAGAGGAGGAGCCCACCGUCCAUCUCUACACCCUUGUAGAGAUUUAGUCUGGGGUCCAGGCACCCACCAGCAUCCCCUCUGCCAUCCUCAGAGCCCCCAACCCUGACCCUUGUCUCUGGGAGGUUCUGAGCCAAAGGGGAGGGAGUCUGUGCCCUGUGGGGUGGGGUGGGCUUGAGACACCUGCCCCAGAGCCACCCGUGUGACACAGGAGCCCUCCGCCAACCCAACAAGGCCAGGGAAGAGAAGACCCAGGGACCGCCCUCGCCAGCCAGCCCUGCUUGUGAUACAAGGUGGUCAUGAACGCCGAGUCUCUGCCACCCUACCACACCGCCCACAGUGCUUCGGGAGUGGGCAUGUUCAACACCACCAUGGGGAAACUACAGAGACAACUGCACAAGGGAGAAUAUGACAUAUUCAAGUACGCACCUAUUUUUGAAAGCGACUUUAUCCAGAUUACCAAAAGGGGAGAAGUCAUCGAUGUGCACAACCGGGUCAGAAUGGUGACCGUGGGCAUCGCAUCCACCAGCCCCAUCCUCCCCCUCCCAGAUGUCAUGCUGCUGGCCCGGCCGGCCACCGGCUGUGAAGAGCACUCCGGGCGGGGCCAGGCCACCAAGGGAAAAGGCCGCAAGGCUUCAAAGACCUUAGAGCUCACCAGGCUCCUUCCCUUGAAGUUUGUGAGGAUCUCCAUUCACGACCAUGAGAAACAACAGCUGCGCCUCAAGUUCGCCACGGGCCGCUCGUGCUACCUGCAGCUGAGUCCCCCGCUGGACGCGCGGGAAGACCUCUUUGCCUACUGGGAAAAGCUCAUCUACCUCCUGCGGCCGCCGGUGGACAGUCACAGCAGUACCUACGCCAUUCCAGCGGAGGACAUGCUGUGCAUGCCUGUGUUCGAGGAGGAGGACCGGAGGAGCCCAGCGGGGGCAGAUUUCCAAGGAAAAGGGGAUCAGGACCAGGUCAGCGUCAGGAGCCUCCACGUGGUCUCGGAGGUGGCCGGCGCCACCUCUGCGGCUUUUGCUGGCGGGGAGGGGACCCAUCAGGAAUCCCACAAACCCAACACCCUGCCCGACGUAGCCGCCCCAAACACAAAAGCGACAGGGCUCGACAAGGAGUCGGCAGCAGGGACCACGACAGAGGCGGCGGCGGCGGCGGCGGCGGGGGAGGCCGCGGGGGCGGCCGCAGUGGUGGCCGCGGGGACAGCAACAGGGUUCGCAGCGGGGGUCGCACUGGGCACCACAGCAGGCGCUUUGAGCGUGGCGAUCACCAGGUCUGCGGGCCCUGAACAGCUAAGCACGGCCGUAGCCGGGACAGCCACCAAGCGUCCAGGAGGAGGCAAAGCCAACCUCGCCAUUGCGGGCGCUGCCAACACGUCCCCGAGGAGCCUGAACGUGGCCUUGGCAGGUACCGCAAAGACCCCAGGGUUUACUUCCGACUCGUCCAACGGUCUCCCAGAGGACAGCAUGUCCCUGGCGUUCGCCGGGACGAGAGCUGCGGGCAGCGCUGCGGGAGGAGCCGCGCUGGACGGAGCCGAGGGAGCGCUCCUCCCGGACGCGCCGAGCGCGGGCGGCCCGGGAGCGCAGGCGGGAAGGCAGCCCCGCAAGGGCCGGAGGGAGCGGAGGGAGCGCGGUGAAAAGGAGCGAGCCCUCCGGAGCUCCCGUCGCCGCAGGGCCGCCGAGAGCCGCCACAAGGCCCCGGGGGACAAGAUCACCCGGAAAGCCUCCAGCCGGUCCUUAGCGGUCCACAGAGCCGCGCGCGAGGACAAGAAGGAGAAGGGCCGCGGCAGCCCGGGGGGCGGCAGGCGCGCCCCCCACAAAGGCAUCAGCCACGCCCCCAUCGCCAAGGAGUCCAGGACCUCGCACAAAUCGGGGCAGAGCUUGUCCACCACCAGCUCGGGCUCCGCCACCAAGAGGCUCAGCAGGAUCAGCUCCUUCCUGAGGAACGUCAAAGCCAACCUUACUACAAGAACCGUGGCCUCCCCACGGGACAGAGACGUGAACAUGUUGGCGAAGACCGUGGACAGGAGCGGUACGGAGGCCGUCAUCGAGGCCGCAGAGAGCGGCCAGUGCUUGGAGAGCGCGGGGAGCGGGACAUCUAACAUCAUGGAGACGGUGACCUUGGAAGCCCAUUAGUAGGACCCAGAGCUUUCGGCAGCUGCAAAGGGGACCGGGGCUCAGGGACGUAUCCCCGGAGACUCCAUUCCAGCUUUCCUCACUGCAGUUGAAAUAAAAAACCAUACAAUCUGAGAAUGGCAUGCUGCAUUCUGUCUGAAUUUCUAGGUCCUGCAGCCCAGUAGUGACCUCACAGUGGAUUCUGUGAGGUCAGCCGGGCUGCCACCAGAGACCCCAGGGUCCAGUCGAGGGCA